AUGGCUCUCAACAUCCUCGGAGUGACCGUCAUGAUGUUCUUCUACCUGCUGGUACUCGCCAUCGGCAUCUGGGCCUCCGUCAAGUCCAAGCGGGAGGCGAAGAAGGGCCAGGGGGACAAGACCGAGAUGGCCCUGCUCGGGAACCGGGGCAUCAACCUGGUGGUGGGCAUCUUCACCAUGACAGGCAAGUCUACACACGUCUGA